AUUUUCAUCCUGUGCACUCAUGCGGCAUUCACCAUUGUUUUUUGUUUACGAGUAUGAUUUUUUUUUUCGCGACGGACGUAGGUGAACGACUACAUCAUUUUCUACUAAUGGCAAAGGAAUUGUACCCACCUCUAACUUAGACCUGCCCCAACGAAUCCCACCAUGGCCAACCACGACCCGGUUGUCCUGGACUUCCACGACAUCCUCGUCCACCAGUCGGACGUGGAGUUACUGAGAGGCCCGCACUGGCUCAACGACACGCUGAUAAGUUUCUACUUCGCGUACCUCGAGAGCGCGGUGUACCGGGACGACAGGAGGUUCCUGUUCGUCUGCCCGGACGUCACGCAGUGCCUGAAGGUGUCCGCAGCCAGGGACAUGGGCGUGUUCUUGGAGCCCUUGAAGGCGAGCGAGCGGAGCUUCGUGUUCUUGGCCGUGAACGACUGCAGCGACGCGGGGUCCCCCGGCGGGAGCCACUGGAGCCUGCUGGCCUACAGCCGGCCGGAGAACGCCUUCUUUCACUUCGACUCCAUGAAGUGGUCCAACGAGAAAGAGGCGAGGGCCUUGGCGAGGAACCUGGCGACGUACUUGUGCCGGGACGCGCCGGCGAGCUACCACGAAGUCGACACGUCGCAGCAGGAGAACGGUUACGACUGCGGCAUCCACCUGGUGUGCAACACGGAACACGUGGCUCGUUUCUGUGCCUCUCGCGGGAAAAUAAAGGACUGCGGGAAGGUGCCGAGAUCCGCGAUAGCGACGACGAGAAAUUCUCUCCUCAAACUCAUACAGAAUGGCUUAAUGUAGUUCUGUGCGUGGGGUCCUGUAAACAGCCAUGUCUUAAGUUCCUUAAAGUAAUAAGUGCCUCUUCAAUGGAUACCCUUAAUUGCACAAAUAACUGUUAAGAUUCUUCCUUGCUGAAUUCAAUGGUAACAUUUUUUAGGGCUUUGCAAAUUCAAAUCUGAUAACUUUAGAAUUAAAUGGUUUACCAACUUGGCCAUCUGUCAAUAAAUGAUUUUUCCUUUUAAUUAAAAAAAAAAUAAUAAUUGUUGUGUUACUCCUGUUUUAUACUUAAAUAUAUUUUUAAUUAGAGACUAAUUGGCUUAACUUGUGGAUUUGAACAUUGUCAAGGGUGAAAAAAUUAUCCUCAGCAUUUGGCUCAACAUUGAUUUUGUCACCGUCACAUGUUGUAAGCUCAACGUACAUAGAGCAUAUUUGGCUUUGUGACAGUUGAGUGGCAUACCUUCUGUUCUUGGACUGAGUUUAUGAAUUACGUAAGAAAUUCAACAUGCAAACAACGCAAGCACACAAGUCGCAAGACGGCGCCAUAAAUCACUGGCCUUCCCUCUUUCACCCCUCCUACAACCCAGCCAGUUGGGUUAAAUGGUCGCCCCCCGAAAGCUUAAAUCUGACCAAGCCCUUAACUUAAAAUUUUAAAGAAGCAGAAAACAUAGUUAUACCCCAGGCUUCUUUUGAUGGUUAAUUUUUAUUAUGAAAACAAAAUAAAUUGUAUUUUGAUUUUAAAAAUUUAUUUUAUAUUACUGUGUGAAAAUUUAACAAGUGUAAACAUGUUGUAUAUACUGUAAUAAAAAGAAAAUUGUGUGUCUUUAAAAAUUUUCGGAGCACUUCUCUUCAGAUAUGGCAAUAUAAAAAUGCAAGCCAAAAAACAAGAAAGUUGGAAGGUGAAAUUGCAUUGCGCUACAGUGCCUUGUGUGGUUUGUACAUAGUUAGUUUCCAAUUCCAAUGAAACAAAAUUAGUAUGUAUGUAUUUAUUUGCAAAAUUUUACCCUGACUUACACGAAUUCGACUUGUAUGGUUAAGGGGAUUGGUGCAGGACAAAAAACAGUCAUUCGCCAGAAUUUGUUGGAAAUGAGCUUAAGUGUUUCAUAAAUGCUUGUUUAUUACUACUGUAAGGCCAGCCAGCACGUAUAUAAGCUAGCGGGUUAGAUUUGGCGAGUUAGUGGCGAGAGAGCUUCUGUGGGUGGAGGUUGUCGAAGGUCGCAGCUCUGAGGCCUGCCAUCUAGCGGGAAUCUUUCGAAGGUCUUCCACAAUAUCGCCUUUCUCUCUCUCUCUCUCUCUCUCUCUCUCUCUCUCUCUCUCUCUCUCUCUCUCCAACACGGACGGAAAGCGAACCGCGAUAACCAGCUAUUAUCUUCGCUUCCCAUCUCGCCCUAUCCUUCAUUCUCGGAUCAGGUAGCCGCCCUACCCCGCGUAGACUUUCGUGUUACUCCAGGAAACCAAGACUUAAAAAUGCACAAACCUGUGAAAAAUUUGUCCAAAGCUGAAUUUUUGUACUGUGGUAGAGUUGACUAUGCUUAAUAACAUACAGAAAGUUUACCGCUGUAGACUUUGUACGUUAUCACCGAAAAUUUGCAUUUAAGUCCUAGGUGACAGCAACUUGCAUCAGUCCAUUAAAAUGCUACCCAUUUAUACAGUUUUUAAUUUUGACUGUCCGUAAACUUACCAAAAUAAUCUAGAAACUGUAAUACACCCAUUAAUGUUAGAAAAUAAAUAAAUUUUUAAUAUUUAAGAUAUGAUAUAAAGCGAUUAAUUCACGACAUAUAUUUUUUUAUCUUUGCCACCCAGAUAAAAAUACGAUUUACACCGAUUUGAAGAGCCCAAUGCGAAAAAAUGUCUAAUGUUUUUUAAUUAUACUUUUAGCUUUAAGAUAGUAUAUUUAUAAAGAGUCUAGCAUAAUUAUUUGCCUCAUUAAAGCUGCCCGAGCGUUGCAGUGUACUGCGGCCGUACUGAUCUUUCACGGCCGGCGGGCUUUGAAACACGCUGCGUACUGCGACACUCAAUAAACUUAGUCUUAUUUACGGAUUACUUAAAAUAUAUUUAAUGCAUAUGAUAUGGUGUAUUCAUGUUACAUCUAUUGAGAUAUACAUAUUCUUUUUUCUUAUAUGAAUGAUUUUUGAUACAAUAAAAUUAAUAAUAAACAAUUUCUGCUUGGAACUUGUAAAUCAAAAUUCUAGAGGACCUCUGGUUUUAUAUAUAUGUGUGUUCGUAUUUUGUUACAAAAAUUUUAUUAUUCAAAAUGAUUUUAAUACCAAAAAAUAUAAUUAUGUUUUAUUUCUAAUCUUAAUAUAUAUAAAUCUCGUGUCACAAUGUUUGUCCUUACUAACUACAUCUGAUUUCUAAAAAGGUCCAGUGAACUCUUUACCAAGUCAACCGAUUUAGAUGAAAAUUGGCAUUUAUGUGUAAUUGUUUCCAACUUGAGAGAUAGGGUAGUUUUUAUUUCGAUUAAUAGUCUUAAUAAUUUAUAAUUAAUAAUAAACUGAUUAUCAAUGUUGAUUGGUGUUUAAGCCCGGGAAACAGUGGGUACUUCGUUUCCAUGACAACGUUGCGUGCUUGAGAGUCGGGAAACCAUCGGUGCUAUUCGAUUUGGUCUCAUUUUCCCCCCCCAUAAAUACAACCGUGCGAAGCCGGGUCGGGCAGCUAGUACACUAUAUUAUUUUCGAUCAGAACUAUGCAAAAUUUUAAUGUAGCCUAUAUUAUAAUAUAUAUAUAUUUCAUUGUAUAAAAUUAGUUUACUACAUAACAAUUGAAGAAAACCAUACACCGUAAAUGUACUUAUUGAGUUUUGUCACUUUUAUAACAUAAUUCGUAUGAUAAUAUUAUUUUUUUCCAGAAAAUAAAUAAAACAUAAGUUGUGUUGUAAAAUGUAUUGAUAGAAUUACAUAUUUAGUAUUUUUUUUUUCUAAGUUAAUUCAUUGGAGUGCUGCGCCUAGCUUACUUCGUUGAAUUGCUAGUGGCAAAGAGCGGUGGUGGAUGUUUUUGCAAGAGUUUGACCGUAUUUUAUGACCCUAGCUGUGAGAGGGUGUUUGUCCCAGAAAUCCUAACGGUCAAGGAAAAUAGCCUUUCUCUGUAGUCACGUACGGGUCUGCUACUCGCGCAAUAUCGUCAGUUUAUCACAACUUUCUGGGAAGUUCUAUUGUUGUUAUUUAUUAAUAAUUUAGAAAUUAAAGAAUUUAUCAUACUAACACUUUUACCUAAGCAAAUCGCAUCCUGGAAGAUUUUUAUCUACGUUUGCAGCAAAAAUCACUUGUAGUUAGGAAACUUUUAUUCUUUCAGAGUAAAAUUCAGUCUGGAAUUACCAUACAUUAAAAACCUUAGUUUUCUGUAGCAAAAAACGUCCCAGCACGAGCGACUUUAACACUGCUGCACACACACUACGCAGCUUGAAAUACAUCAGUGGUCAGACUAUUGUACCAGACACUCAAAAUAUACACAUUUAAACCUUUAAAAAAAACACACACACAGACAAUAUUUAUGAAGUGAUUUUGACGCUACGCUCAACAUAUUUAAUUUAUGUAACAUGUAGUCAAAUUUCUAUAAAAAUAUAUUUUUUUCUUACCUUUUAUGAUUAAAAUUACCAAUUUAAUAAUAUGACGUUUAAACUUUGAGGUGUUUAUCACAAUUACCAUGUAGGGCAUUCUUUUAUAUUACAUUGGUGUCAUAAUGAGAACCGACUUAAAAAAGUAUUAAAGUUAUUAAGUUUACGAAACAUUUUUGUGGAUCAUUGUAGAAAUUAUCAUUAAGGACUGAACUGCUCAUUAUUGGUGUGAUCACAAGGUUUCAUCGGUAAACGUUUGACGUGUUACUAAGAAAUGUUCAUUCUACUACUGUACAAAAUUUUUGCUUUGGGAUAAUUUUCCAUGUAUUAAAAAUUUUUGUUUCUUAACAGCGAAAUUCGUCCCGACCCGAGCCUACUUCGACAACCUCGCAGUAGUAUACACUACGCGCUCGGAUCGCUUUAGUGGUCAGACUAAUUGUAUGAGACACUUAAAAAAUAUACCAAUUUAAAGAUGAAUAAAUAUGCAACAACGUUUACUUCAAGCGAUUUCCACGUUGGGCUCUUUAAGUUUAUGUAAGAUGUAUUUAUAUUUCCUUAAAAUUGAAUGAAAGUUAAUUCGUUACCUUUAAUGAUUUAAAAGGUCUAUUUUAUAGAAACAUGUUUAAACUUUGUGCUUUUUAUCACUAUCCUCAGAUAGGGCAAUGUUUCUAGAUUAUUUUUGGUCCCAUACUGACGGUCUACUCCAUAAACUGCAUUAGCAAUAUCCAUUAUUGUGGAUCGUUUCAAAAAAUUGUCAUUUUGUACUUAACUGCUCGUUUUUGGUGUGACGCAGGGGCGGAACAACUAAAUUUCCAAAGG